AUGGGUUCCAUUGAAGGAAAGCCCCUCAUCGUCAACAAGGCUGCCCCCGGCAUCUCGUACUUUACCCCAGCUCAGCUCCCGCCAGCCGGCACAGCAAAAAGCCCUCAAUCUGAUGGCCACGCUAUCCCCAAACUUUUCCAGCCUCUUACAAUCCGUGGGGUCACCUUCCAAAACCGCAUCUUCCUCUCCCCUCUCUGCCAAUACUCGGCUCAAAAUGGUUAUCUGACUGAUUGGCACUUGACUCACCUCGGUGGGAUCAUUCAGCGCGGACCUGGUCUCACCAUGGUGGAAGCCACGUCAGUUACACCAGAAGGUCGAAUCACACCUGAAGACAGUGGUCUCUGGGAGGAUGGCCAGAUGGGCCCUCUGAAGAGAAUCGUCGAGUUUGCGCACAGCCAAGGUCAAAAGAUCGGCAUCCAGUUGGGCCACGCUGGUCGCAAGGCUAGCACUGUUGCACCAUGGUUGAGUUUGGGUGAUACUGCUCAAAAGGAGGCCAAUGGCUGGCCGAACCAGACACUAGCACCCAGUGCCAUCGCUUUUCAAUCUACUUACCCACAUCCCAAUGCCCUCACGGUUGAGGGAAUCAAGAGAAUUGAGGAUGCAUUUGCCGCCGCAGCAGAGAGAGCGGUGGCAGUUGGCUUCGAUGUUAUUGAAAUCCACGGCGCACACGGCUAUCUUCUCCACGAAUUCUUGAGCCCUGUCAGCAACAAGCGAACUGAUCAGUAUGGCGGUUCGUUUGCAAACAGGACCAGAUUUGCCCGCGAGGCCGUGGAAGCCGUCCGAGCCGUCAUCCCCCAGGAAAUGCCACUCUUCUUCCGAAUCAGUGCCGACGAUUGGCUCAAAGGACAAGACGAGUUCCCCGAGAGCUGGACCAUUGAAGACACCGUCCAGCUCGCCCCGAUCUUGAGAGACUUGGGAGUUGACCUGCUGGAUACUAGCUCAGCUGGCAUCCAUCCGUCUCAGACGAUCAAGGCCGGCCCGGGCUAUCAAGCUCCAUUCUCCAGGGUGGUCAAAGAAAAGACAGGCGACUCAUUGGCGGUCACUGCCGUGGGCUCCAUCACCAACGGCAAUCUGGCCCAAGAGAUCGUUGAAUCAGGUGUGGAUGCUGUCUUCGUCGGCCGAUACUUCCAAAAGAAUCCGGGUCUAGUCUGGGCUUUCGCCGAAGAUCUCGCUGUUGAAAUCCACGUCGCCAACCAGAUCGGCUGGGGCUUCGGUGGCAGAGCUGGCGGUAAGGGCAAGCAUGAAUGGAAGACUGCUUAG